GGUGAACAAUGAGUGCUCGCCGCCGUGGCACGCCCGGGGACAAAAAGCAGCGCAAAAGUGCUGUGCGGGGACCCUCCUUGGUAUCGGAUAGUGAAGUGGGUCUGCCGUCACCACCCCCAGAGGAGACUGGAGUCAGUCCUCUUGGACCUUGCGAUGGCGAGGGAGAAGGUGAGGCAGACGUGGGUGCAGUCACCAUCCCAGAAGAAAAAGAGGUGGAUCUGAAACCCUGCAUCCGAAGCCGGGUGGUCCUGAGUGGCCUAAGGGACGACAUGUGGACAGAAGAGCACGCUGCAACUCUGGAUCUCUUUCUGAAGGAUGUCAGCAAGCAAUUGCUCGUCGUCUACAUAGAUGAGUUUGCUGGACUGAAGGUUGAGCAGACCAUGCCACAUCAGGAGCAGAAACAGCUGACUUACUUCAUCCGCCAUGAGAAUGCCGAGAUCACCGCUGAGAAUUUCCAGAAGACAGUGCAGUUUGGCACUGUCCGGAGACCCUACAUUGAUUCCCUCAUGCGAAUUCUCAAUAGCGUCUUCCUCCCCCGCCUCUUCCACAACACCAGUUGGCCUGAGAGCAUCAAGAAUGAAUUCUUCUCGGAAAUAUACCACUUCAUGACCUCUCUCACAGAUACACGUUCGAAAAUGAAGGGCCGCACGGUUCUCUACAUCCCCAUUGAAGCCCUGAGCGUGAAGCCCGAAGUAGUAGUGAAGGAUAAAGCGCUGGUUCAGAGGCUGGAAAAUAUUCCUGCCAAGAAGUGUGGGGGAGACAAGGCCCUGCCCCCCCGGCUUCUUGCGAUUCACCGCAACUAUCAGCCAGCCAUGCUGAUCACCUUCCCGGAGUCGAUCCUGGCACCGCUCCCGCAAACGUUCAUCGUCGCGAUCCAGGUCUGGAUCUCGGUACUCGAGGAGGUAGUGGAGUUGGAGGACCCAGUGGUGGACAUCCUUUUGGCAGAGGCCCCAUCCCGAGUAGUGUUGCCCAUCAUCCGCACCAUCCAGACCAACGCCAAGACAAUAUGGCAGACCCUCGCCUCUAUCCCACCGAUGGCCAGAGGAGUGGAGAGGAAAUACUUUGUCCCCUCCAAGGAGCAUGAGUACCUCACCCUCAGCUAUGUUCAGAGUGGCAUCCUUGGCAAGACUUCUAUAGAAGAUGCGGACGAGGUGGUAGAAAGAAAUCCAACAGCCAUCAACCUGGUCAGAACCAAGGCCCUCCCAAACCAUCAGCGGGGCCUAAGCAAAACGUUUGAAGAUGCGCCCGAGGACGGUGUAUCAGUCACCACCCAGGAUCCUUUCCCUCCAUUUCGAGACCGUCUCUUCCGUAUAACUUUAGACCGGGCCACGGACGACUCUGUCACCCCGACCUGCAAUCGCUCCACCUUACAUCAUGGAUUCUGCAUCGCUAGCUUGAUGAGCAAUAAAAUUAUCCUGAUGUGUUGCCAAGACAUUUCCCUGGACCGGAUUUUUGAGGGUUACGUGGUAUCCAGCAGACAGUCGCUCCAUGACUGUAUCUCGUGCAUGAACUCCUGGAAGGAUUGUUACCUGUACGCAGCUCAGAUGCACAACAGGCUUUCCGGGAAAGGCUGGGUCCUGGACCAGACCAGCAUCUUUGCCCAAGUGGACGCCUUCGUUCAGCGCUGCAAAGACCUCCUGGAGGUUUGCGACUGCCAGCAGCACUUUGCCCGGUGGGAGGAUGGGAAGCAGACCCCACUGCCCUGUUUCUUUGGGCACCGAGGUCCCCAGAUGACCCGGAACCUGCUGGAGAUAGAGGAGACAUUUCAGAAGCACCUGCACACUCUGCGGAACAUGAAGGGUGGGAUCCUGGACGUGAAGAACACAUUCUGGCACGAGGAUUUUAACCGGUUCCGCUCUGGUGUCAAAGACCUGGAGGUGAUGACCCAAAACCUGAUCACCUCGGCCUUCGAGACGGUGCGGGACGUGGAGCAUGGCGUGGAGAUCCAGGACAUCUUCCACCACCUCUCCGCACGAGAGGCCAUCAAGCGCACCUUCGACAAGAAAGCUGUGGACGUCUACAUGCUGUUCAACCGAGAGCUCUCCCUGGUCAACAGGGAGCUGAGCAAGAAGCUGCCAUUCCUGCCGCCACACAUGUGCCAUUAUUCGGGCCUGGCGCACUGGCUGCGGGCUCUGCGCCGGCGCAUUGACAGACCCCUAAAAUGUCUCUCCAAUGCCCACUUCUUGCCCCACAUUGGGACCGGGGAGGAGAGCUUUCAGGCCUAUCAGCUGCUCGUCCAGGCCAUGGACGAGAUUGAGAGGAAGACCUUCCAGGAGUGGACGCAGACCCUGGACAAAGACAGCCUGAAGCGCCUGGACACCCCCCUCCUGAUCCCCAGUGCCGAGAAGAGUGGCAUGUUGGACAUUAACUUUGACAAGGACUUGCUGAAAUUAUUUGUGGAAAUCCAUUACUGGGAGCGGCUGCUCUUUGAGACCCCCCAUUACGUGGUGGAAGUUUACGACAGGAAGGAGGAUCUGCGCAACCUCCGGGAGAACCUGCUCCUGGUUGCCCGGGACUAUAACAGGAUCAUUGCAAUGCUGUCCUCGGAGGAGCGGGCCUUGUUCAAGGAGCGGAUCCGAUACCUGGACAAGAAGAUCCAGCCCGGCUUGAAGAAGCUGCACUGGUCGCUGAAAGGGGCCAGCGCGGCCUUCAUCAGUGAGUGCCGACUGCACGCCAGCAAGGUGCAGACCAUUGUCAAUGAGUACAAGGCAGCCACCCUGACCAUCGCUCGCAGUGCUCAGCAGAUCAGCGAGGCGCUGCUGGUGCGGAUCACCGGCAAGAGGGUCUACAACGACUUGGAGUUUGAGGAGGACCAGAAGGAGCACCGGGCCUGGGUGCAGCAGAAGCUGAUGGGUAUCCACGAGGAGGUCAUCAACAUCAUGCGGCAAACCUAUGAAGUCUUCAAACAUGACAGCGCCGAGGUGCAGCAGUGCUGGGUGGCCUACACCGUCAAGAUGAACAGAAUGAUGGAAGAGGCCUUCAGGCUCAACGUCAAAUGGUCCCUACUGGAACUCUCCAAGGCCAUCAAUGGAGAUGGCAAGACUACGCCUAACCCCCUGUUCAGGGUCAAGGUGAUCCUUCAGGACAACUACCCGGCACCAUCUGCACAGGUGGAGUUUUCCCCAACUCUGGCCCAGCUCGCGAAUAUGGUGAAUGACAUCAGCAGCCACCUCAUCACCAGCAUCUCUGUCUUCCGCCACCUGCCGGAGAUCCUGACCAAACGCAGAUUCUACCGCGAUCCCAUCUCAGUCCUCGUGGAGCGUGAUGAGGAUAUCAAGAAAAUCCAGGCCCUGAUCAGUGGGGGCAUGCAAGCAAACGCCACACACCUCCAGGCGUACCUGAAGACCUGGGACGUGUACCGGGAGAUCUGGGAGGUCAACAAGGACUCCUUCAUUAACCGCUACCGGCACCUCAACCCGCUCGUGUCUUCCUUCGAUGCAGACACUGCUCGGUACAUGGAGGUGGCCAACAAUGUGCAGAAGGAGGAGACGGUGCUGAACAUCCAGUUUGUGUUGCUCGACUGCUCCCACCUCAAGUUCUCUGUGGUCCAGCACUGCAACGAGUGGCAGAACAAGCUCACCAACCUGCUGAACGAGAUGGCCAGUACCCGGCUGCAGGAGCUGUACGCCUACCUCCAGGAGAACGCUGAGAAAGUCAGCCGGCCUCCGCAGACGCUGGAGGAACUGGGCCAAAGCCUGCAGCUCUUGGACACCCUGCAGCACGAGCUGCCGAAGCUAGAGGGGCAGAUCCAGCCCAUCCACGAGCAGUUUGCCAUCCUGGAGAAAUACGAAGUGGCCGUGGACGAGGGGGUGCUGCAGACACUGGGAGCGCUCAACUCGGAGUGGCUGUCCUUCCAGCAGUGCAUCCUGGAGAGCGAUGUCAUGCUAAAGAAACACAAGGAGAAGUUCAAGACUGGCCUGAUCCAUUCUGCGGACGACUUCAAGAGAAAGGCCCAGGUCCUGCUGCAGGAUUUUGGCACCAAAGGUCCAUUCACCUGUGCUGUGAGCUGCGAGGCGGCCCUGGAGCAGAUCGCGGCGAUGCGGCAGCUGCUGGCCACCAUGAAGGAUGAGGAGAGCACCCUGCGCUCCAACCUGGGCAUCUUCAAAAUCGAGCAGCCUGCUUCCAAAGACCUGCAGAAGCUCGAGAAGGAGCUGGACUACCUGCAGCAGGUGUGGGAGAUCACCAAGGAGUGGGAAGACCACUGGAACGAGUGGAAGACAGGAAGCUUCAAGACCCUGCAAACGGAGGUGAUGGAGACCACGGCUUACGGGCUCUUCCGGAAGCUCAACAAGCUGAGCCGGGAGCUCAAGGAUCGGAACUGGGAAAUUAUCGAGACUUCCAAGGUGAAGGUGGAGCAGUUUAAGAGGACGAUGCCCCUGAUCUCAGACCUCAGGAACCCGGCCUUGCGGGAGAGGCACUGGGAUCAGGUAAAGGACUUGGUCCUCAGGACGUUUGACCAGGAUGCUGAAGAUUUCAGGCUGGAGAAUAUUGUGGAGCUCGGCCUGGAUCAACACGUGGAGAAAAUCAGUGAGAUCUCUGCGUCGGCCUCCAAGGAGCUGUCUAUCGAGCUGGCCCUGCAAGCCAUCGCCAAGACCUGGGAUGUGGUGCUGCUGGAUAUUGUGCCGUACAAGGACAAGGGACACCACCGACUCAGGGGGACGGAUGAGGUGUUCCAGGCGCUGGAGGAUAACCAGGUCUCCCUCUCCACCAUGAAGGCCUCGCGCUUCGUCAAGCCCUUUGAGAAGGAGGUGGACCGCUGGGAGCGCUGCCUCUCACUCAUCCUGGAGGUGAUCGAGAUGGUGCUGACUGUGCAGAGGCAGUGGAUGUACCUGGAGAACAUCUUCCUGGGAGAAGACAUCCGGAAGCAGCUGCCCCAGGAGUCGGCCUCCUUCGACCAGAUCAACGCCAGCUGGAAGACGAUCAUGGACAGACUGAACAAGGAUAACAACGCGCUGCGCGGGACACAUUACCCAGGCCUCCUGGACAAGCUGGUGGAGAUGAACAGCGCCUUGGAGGAGAUCCAGAAAUCCCUGGACAUGUACCUGGAGACCAAGCGCCACAUCUUCCCCCGCUUCUACUUCCUGUCCAACGACGAUCUGCUGGAGAUCCUGGGCCAGUCGCGCAACCCCGAGGCCGUCCAGCCCCACCUCAAGAAGUGCUUCGACAACAUCAAGUGCCUCAAAAUCCAGAAGGUGGGAAUGGGCAACAAGUCGGAAGCCGUGGGCAUGUACUCCUUGGACGGGGAGUAUGUGGAGUUUGCCCACUCCGUGCUGCUGGAAGGGCCUGUGGAGGAGUGGCUGUGUGACGUGGAGCGGGCCAUGCGCUGGACCCUGAAGGAGCUGCUGAGAAACUGUCGCCUGGCCCUGAAGAAGAUGCUGACGAAAAGGGACAAGUGGGUGAAGGAGUGGGCUGGACAGAUGGUGAUCACUGCCAGCCAGAUCCAGUGGACAACGGACGUCACCAAGUGCCUGGCCAGCUGCAAGGAGCGAGGGGACAAGAAAUUCCUCAGGGUCAUGAAGAAGAAGCAGGUGUCCCUGCUGAAUAAGUACUCGGAGGCCAUCCGGGGCAGCCUGACCAAGAUCAUGCGCCUGAAGAUUGUUGCGCUGGUGACGGUGGAAAUCCACGCGCGGGAUGUCAUAGAAAAACUCUACAAGAGCAGCUUGAUGGACGUGACGUCCUUUGAGUGGCUGAGUCAGCUCCGCCUCUACUGGGACAAGGAUCUGGAUGACUGUGUCAUCAGGCAAACCAACACCCAGUUCCCCUACGGCUACGAGUACCUGGGGAACUCCGGACGCUUGGUCAUCACGCCGCUCACUGACAGGUGCUACAUAACUCUGACCACAGCCCUCCACCUCCACCGGGGAGGGUCUCCCAAAGGCCCUGCUGGCACAGGGAAAACGGAGACUGUGAAAGACCUGGGCAAGGCCCUGGGCAUGUAUGUGAUUGUAGUGAACUGCUCCGAAGGCCUGGACUAUAAAUCCAUGGGGCGCAUGUACUCGGGCCUGGCUCAGACAGGAGCCUGGGGCUGCUUUGACGAGUUCAACCGCAUCAACAUUGAGGUGCUGUCAGUGGUGGCCCAGCAGAUCCUCUCCAUUCUCUCAGCCUUGGCCGCCAACAUGACCUCCUUCAUCUUUGAGGGCCAUAAGAUCAAGCUGGUGUGGUCCUGUGGCAUCUUCAUCACCAUGAACCCAGGUUACGCCGGACGGACAGAGCUGCCCGACAACCUCAAGUCCAUGUUCCGCCCCAUCUCCAUGGUGGUGCCGGACUCCACGCUCAUCGCAGAGAUCAUCCUCUUCGGAGAAGGGUUCAGCAACUGUAAGCUCCUGGCUAAGAAGGUCUACACCCUCUACUCGCUAGCAGUGCAGCAGCUCUCCAAGCAGGACCACUAUGACUUCGGCCUGCGGGCACUGACGUCGCUGCUCCGCUACGCCGGGAAGAAGCGCAGGGUGCACCCCGACAUCACCGACGAAGAGAUCCUCCUCAUGGCAAUGAAGGACAUGAAUAUCGCCAAGCUCGCCUCGGUCGACGUGCCUCUCUUCAACGGCAUCAUCCAGGACCUCUUCCCGGGCAUCGAGUCGCCGGUCAUUGACUACGGGAAGCUGAAGGAAGCCAUCGAGCUGGAGCUGAAGGGGAUGGGGCUGCAGGUGACGCCCUUCACCAUCACCAAGGUCAUCCAGCUGUACGAGACCAAGAACUCCCGCCACUCCACCAUGAUUGUGGGCACCACGGGCAGCGGCAAGACGGUCACCUGGCGCACUCUGCAGGCCACCAUGGCCGCCCUGUGCCGGAGUGGGGACGCCGCCUACAAUCUCGUCCGGGAAUUCCCCCUGAACCCCAAGGCCGUGUCCCUGGGCGAGCUGUAUGGAGAGUAUGACCUCAGCACCGGCGAGUGGACAGAUGGCAUCCUGUCCAGCGUCAUGCGGGCAGCCUGCGCAGACGAGAAGCCCGAUGAGAAGUGGAUCCUGUUUGACGGGCCGGUGGACACCCUGUGGAUCGAGAGCAUGAACUCAGUCAUGGACGACAACAAAGUCUUGACCCUGAUCAAUGGGGAGCGGAUCUCCCUGCCUGAGCAGGUCUCACUGCUCUUCGAGGUGGAGAACCUAGCGGUGGCCUCGCCCGCCACUGUCUCCCGCUGCGGGAUGGUCUACACGGACUACAGCGACCUGGGCUGGAAACCCUACGUCCACUCUUGGAUCGAGAAGCGCCCCAAGGGGGAGACGGAAGCUCUGCAGCGAAUGUUCGACAAGUUCAUUGACAAGAUGCUGACGUUCAAGAAGGAAAACUGUGAGGAGCUGGUCCCCAUCCCCGAGUACAGCGGGAUUGUGUCGCUCUGCAAGCUCUUCUCUGCUCUGGCCACCCCAGAGAACGGGGUGAACCCAGCAGAUGGCGAGAACUACACCACAGUGGUGGAAAUGUACUUCAUCUUCAGCAUGAUCUGGUCCGUGUGCGCGGCGGUGGACGAGGAGGGCAGGAAGAAGAUUGACAGCUACCUGCGAGAGAUGGAAGGCUCCUUCCCCAACAAGGACACCGUCUACGAGUAUUUUGUCGACCCCAAGAGGAAGAACUGGGCCUCGUUUGAGGACAAACUGCCCAAAAUGUGGAGGUACCCAUCCAAACCUCCCAACAACGUGCGACGAAUCCAGAGCCGCGUGGAAAGCGCACCAAGGGCCGUCUACGUGCCUGUGCCGCACCGGGACUUGCUGUCGGAGGCCCAAGGGCACCCUGAGGGCAGUGUGGCGUGGAUCGAGGGGCAGAGAGGGCUGAAGGCACGAGCUUUUGGGCAAGGGGGAGACGGAAGCUCCUGCAGCCGAAUGUUCGACAAGUUCAUUGACAAGAUGCUGACGUUCAAGAAGGAAAACUGUGAGGAGCUGGUCCCCAUCCCGAGUACAGCGGGAUUGUGUCGCUCUGCAGCUCUUCUCUGUCUGGCCACCCCAGAGAACGGGGUUGGUAGCGAGCGGGAGCCGCCCUCGCGCUCUCAUUGGCUGCCUUUCCGCCCAUCGCUCAGGACACCGUCUACGGUAUUUGUCGACCCCAAGAGGAAGAACUGGGCCUCGUUUGAGGACAAACUGCCCAAAAUGUGGAGGUACCCAUCCAAGCGGGUAGUUGGGCGGGUCUGGGUGGCAGUCAUGGUGGCUGGUUGGGUGCUGGUGGUCCUGAUGCUGUCGUAUCAAGCCCAAUCGGCGAACGUGCCGGAGCCCGCGGGGCUGAGCCCCUGGGGGCUGGCUUGUGGCCCGUCGGACAAGCCAGCCCCAUGCGUCCCUGGACUCAGGCCCUCCCUCCCCCACCACCCCUCAACAACGUGCAAGACAUUCCCGGCCCGUGGAAUGCGCACCAGGCGUCUACGUGCCUGUGGGGCUGGCAAGUGCGAUCACCUUCCAUGUACGACCUUCAACAUUCUCUCUCUGGAGCUGCUGCGCCUCUGGAUCGACUAUGGCUUCUGGUACGACCGCGAGAAGCAAACCAUCAAGUACGUCAAGGACAUGUUCCUGAUGGCAGCCAUGGGCCCCCCGGGGGGCGGCCGCACCGUGAUAUCCAGCCGGCUUCAGAGCAGAUUCAACCUCAUCAACAUGACCUUCCCCACGGAGGCACAGAUCCGGCGCAUCUUCGGCACCAUGCUCAACCAGAAGCUGCAGAACUUCGAGGAGGCGGUGAAGCCACUUGGGAACGUCGUCACCGAGGCCACGGUCGAGCUGUACCACGCCGUGGUGCAGAAAUUCCUGCCCACGCCCGCCAAGAUCCACUACCUCUUCAACCUGCGCGACAUCUCCAAGGUGUUCCAGGGGAUGCUGCGGGCGCACAAGGAUUUCCACGAUACCAAGCCCAGCCUCACCCGCCUGUGGAUCCACGAGUGUUUCAGGGUCUUCUCCGACCGCCUGGUGGACUCGGCCGACAAAGACACCUUCGUUGGCCUCCUGAGCGAGAAGCUGGGCUCCUUCUUCGACCUGACCUUCCACAACCUCUGCCCCAGCAAGCGCCCGCCCAUCUUCGGGGACUUCAUGCGGGAGCCACGGGUGUACGAAGACCUGGUGGACCUGGCGGCGCUGAAGCUGGAGAUGGAGCGGGCGCUGGACGAGUACAACCAGACGCCCGGCGUGGUGCAGAUGCAGCUCGUGCUUUUCUGCGACGCCAUCGAACACAUUACCCGGAUUGUGCGGGUGAUCGGCCAGCCGCGCGGGAACAUGCUGCUGGUGGGCAUCGGGGGCAGCGGGCGCCAGAGCCUGGCACGCCUGGCCUCCUCCAUCUGCGAGGACCAGACCUUCCAGAUCGAAGUGACCAAGCACUACCGCAAGCAGGAGUUCAGAGACGACAUCAAGAAGCUGUACCGGCAGGCGGGCGUGGACCUGAAACGCACCACCUUCCUUUUCGUGGACACGCAGAUCAUGGACGACUCCUUUCUGGAGGACAUCAACAACAUCCUGAGCUCCGGGGAGGUGCCCAACCUCUACAAGGCUGACGAGUUCGAGGAGAUCCAGUCCGUGAUCCUGGACCCGGCCCGAGCCGACGGGAUCCCCGAGACGGCCGACAGCCUCUUCGGCUACCUGAUCGAGAGGGUGCGGGACAACCUGCACGUGGUGGUUGCCUGAGCCCCAUCGGGACCCCUUCAGGUGUGGGGAACUGGAUCCCAGUACCCGGCGCUGGUGAACUGCACAACCAUCGACUGGUUCUCGGAGUGGCCGCACCAGGCCGCUGCUGGAGUGGCAGAGAAAUACCUGAGGGCGUGGACCUGGGGGUCCUGCCGGAGGAGAAUCCACAGGAAGGUGGCCCGGAUCUUUGUGAAUCACUGGUCCGUGGCCUCCUACUCGCAGAAGAUGCUGCUGGAGCUCAGGCGCCAUAACUACGACCCCACCAACUACCUGGAGCUGGUCUCAGGCUACAAGAAGCUCCUGGCGGAGAAGCGCAAGGAGCUCUCGGACCAGGCCAACAAGCUGCGCAACGGGCUCUUCAAGAUCGACGAGACGCGCCACAAGGUGGAGGUGAUGUCGCUGGAGCUGGAGGAGGCCAAGAAGAAGGUGGCGGAGUUCCAGAAGCAGUGCGAGGAGUAUCUGGUCAUCAUUGUGCGCCAGAAGAGGGAGGCCGAUGAGCAGCAGAAGGUGAGGCGGGCGGCGCCCUCCCCCAAAAUCGCAGCGGAGGAGAUCAAGUGCAAGAUGCUGGCUGACAACGCCCAGAAGGACCUGGAGGAGGCGCUGCCCGCGCUGGAGGAGGCCGUGAAGGCCCUGGAGUCGCUGAACAAGAAGGACAUGACGGAGAUCAAGUCGUACGGGCGCCCGCCCACGCUGGUGGAGACGGUGAUGCAGGCCGUCAUGAUCCCGCGCGCAACGAGCCCACCUGGGCCGAAGCCAAGGCAGCUGGCCGGGCUCUCUCCGCAGGGGCUGGAGGAGGACCUGGGCUACGUGGUGGGCGACUGCCUGCUGGCCGCCGCCUUCCUGUCCUACAUGGGGCCCUUCCUGUCCGGCUACCGCGACGAGAUCGUCUCCAACAUCUGGAUGAAGCAGAUCCGGGAGCUGCAGGUGCCCUGCUCGCCCCGGUUCACCUUCGACAGCUUCCUCUGCAACCCCACCAUCGUGCGCACCUGGAACCUGCAGGGGCUGCCCUCCGACGCCUUCUCCACCGAAAACGGGCUCAUCGUCACCCGCGGCAACCGGUGGCCACUGAUGAUCGACCCGCAGUGCCAGGCCUCCAAGUGGAUCAAGAACAUGGAAGCUGCCAAGGGCCUGAUGAUCAUUGACCUGCAGAUGGGCGACUACCUGCGGGUGCUGGAGCGCGCCGUGCAGUUCGGCUCGCCCGUGCUGCUGCAGAACGUGCAGGAGGAGCUGGACCCCUCGCUCGCCCCCAUCCUCAACAAGUCCGUCACCAGAGUGGGUGAGUCUGGGCGCCGGGGCCUCCGCUGGGGGUGGGGGGUACAGGUACGGGAACCCCCCACGCCCGGUAUGGGGAUCUCCUCUGAUGCCAGGUACAGGUACGGGACCUCCACGCUGGAUGGGGGACCCCCCACGCUGGGUACAGAGAUCUUCUCUUACGCCAGAUCUAGAAAGAAUCCCCGCAAACAGCAGCUGAACACGCAUGGUCAUAGUCAAGAGUGGAUUUCCAUAAAACACAUGGAGUGCAACGUCACGCCCCCCUACGCCGGGUAUGGGUACAGGUACGGGACCUCCACGCUGGAUGGGGGACCCCCCACGCUGGGUACAGAGAUCUUCUCUUACGCCAGGCUGUCGGUGCUCGACACCUACUACAUCCCGAAGGACGGGAACCUGGCCUCCUACCGGGAGUUCAUCAGCAUGCUGCCCGGCAUGGACCUGCCCGAGGCCUUCGGCCAGCACCCCAACGCCGACGUGGCCUCCCAGAUCACUGAGGCCAGGACCCUCUUCGAGACCCUGCUGUCCCUGCAGCCCCAGAUCACGCCCAGCGGGGCCGCCGGGCAGAGCCGCGAGGACAAGUUCUGGGGCGAGGGGCCUCCGUCCCAGGAGCGGCAGGUGCCUCCUGUGUGGUUUAACAACCCCUGCCACCCCCGGAGCCAGACUGGUGCUCUGCUGAACCUGGCAAUAGCGGCCCCGCAGGCCCUGUGCCAUUGGCGUGGUGCCGUCUGCGCCCCCCAGGUGUCGGAGAACCUGCUGAGCCUGUACCUGGACGAGUACGAGGAGACGCCCUGGGACGCCCUCAAGUACCUGAUUGCAGGCGUCAACUACGGGGGCCACGUGACGGAUAGCUGGGACCGGCGCCUGCUCACCACCUACAUCAACGACUACUUCUGCGAGCAGAGCCUGGCCGCGCCCUUCUACAAGUACGGGGGCUGGGGCGGGGCCUGCUCAGCGUCUACCCCGCCACGGCGAGGAGGGUCGGUGCCGGUUGGGCUGCGCCGGCGAUCCACCCUCGGUUCUGUCUGCCCUCAGCCUCGUUCAGGUGCCAGAUUCUGGGGCGAGGGGGCUCAUAUCCGUAAUAGGGACACCACUCAGAGUGCCGUCGCGAGACCACGCCGCAAGUUCUGGGGCACAGAGGGGGCUUACCACUCGCACGGGGCCGCCUCCACUGCCCUGCACGCCGUUCGUGGACCGCUGCUGUGGCUGACGUAUGCUGAGCAAAGGAUCCCGCAGGAGCUAUUGGACUACUGUCGUGGCAACCGCAAGGUGCCUGCCGCAGCACGACCUCCUACGCCCUCACGUUGGUUGCUGCGUCAGGAUGAUCCAGCGCUACUACGGUGCUGCUGCAUGGUCAUCAGGUCCUCGCUGGUGGAGCUGGAGAGGGGCAUCCAGGGGCUGGUCGUCAUGUCCACCACCUUGGAAGAGAUCUUCAACUGCAUCUUCGACGCCCGCGUGCCCCCCAUGUGGGAGAGGGCCUACCCCUCGCAGAAGCCGCUGGCCGCCUGGACUCGGGACCUGGGCCAGCGGGUGGAGCAGUUUGCCCGCUGGGCUGAGACGGCACAUCCCCCCGUGCUCUUCUGGCUCUCGGGGUUCACCUUCCCCACCGGGUUCCUGACAGCCGUGCUGCAGGCAGCCGCCCGCCAGAACAACUUUCCCUGCUUCUCCCGGGUCCCCAUGUUGUGCUGCUGA